AUGCGAAUUCUGAAGAACACUUAUCUAUCGAUAUCAAUGGCAGCUUCACGCUCUCUUCUAAAGUUGGACCAGAUUGAAGGUAAAGGAAGAGGAUUAGUUGCAACUCAGAAUCUCAAAGCCGGCCAAAUCAUCCUCACUGAAUCUCCCAUCAUUCUCUAUUCCACUUUCCCUCUCUUCUCUGAUUCAUCUUCUUCUUACUGUGAUCACUGCUUCAGGUCAAUUUUACCAGUUUCAACCCCAACACAACACACUGUUUCAUCAUAUUAUUCAUGCCCCUCUUGUUCGCGCCACCAUUUCUGUAGCCAGAAAUGCCUCUCUCUUGCUCUCAAAUCCUCUCAUUCUUCAUGGGUAUGUCAGGCCCUGUCUUGUCUUCGAGACUCUGGUUCAGAGCUUCUUCGUCAAUCCCAUGAACUUCAAGUCCAGGCUCGUUUCGUCGUUGCUGUCUAUAACCUUUCCCUUCUUUCCCCUUCCAGUAUUCAGAUCUUGCUCUCUCUUCUGGGAACCCCAGAUGACGCCAUUGUUAAAGCUUCAAGCUUUCUCCACUCUCUGAUUUCUUCUCUGUGCCCACCACCUCAGAAUCAGCUCCCUGCAGAACUCACAGCUCAACUUAUGGCUAAAGAUAGGCUUAAUUCUUUCUGCUUAAUGGAGCCAUAUUCCCCAGAUGGUCCUCAGAGAUCCAUCAAGGCCUAUGCUAUAUACCCAAAUGCCACUUUCUUUAACCAUGAUUGUCUUCCCAAUGCAUGCAGAUUCGAUUACGUCGAUGAUGGUGUUCCUGGAGAUGAACACAACACGGACAUUGUGAUCAGGAUGAUUGAGGAUGUUGCAGAGGGGAGAGAAGUGUGCAUAAGCUAUUUUAGAAUCAAUAGGGAUUAUUGGACGAGGAAGAGGAUCUUGAUGGAAGAUUAUGGGUUUGUUUGUGGGUGUGAGAGGUGCAAGAUUGAAGCCAACUGGGGUGUUGAUGAUGAUGAUCAAAGUAGCGGAUUGCCUCAUGAUUGGUUCCUACGGAAGUAUGUAUGUGAUAAGAAGAACUGUUCUGGCACACUGGCUCCUCUGCCUCCAAAGGAUGAUGAUGGGCAGUCUAAUGUCUUGGAAUGUAAUUUCUGUGGCGAUUUAAAACUUGAGGGUGCAUGAAUUCUCAAAAGGCUCCAACCUCAAUCUUUAUUGUUAUUUCUUUUCCUUGAUUUCAAUAACUGAAUCGUAAUUUAUGUAAUUCACCUCACAUAGUGGAAUAUGACUUGAUAUUUCAAUAA